GGUGUGGUAUAGAGAGAAAAGGAGAGGAAGCGGCCGCCAGACCCACCAAGGCAACGGCUGCUGAGCGAGAGAGAAAGACAAGCUGCCGCUCGGGCUUCCCUUGCCUUGGAUCGAGCGCGAGAGUCCCCGGAGGCGCCGCUGGCGAGGCAGCCCUCGGGAAAGGGCGCUUCGGGGGACUCCCGGCAGAAAGAGGCGGUCUUGACAGGGGGCGGGCUUCGGAGGUUGCCCGAAACAGCCAGGGCCAAGGCUGCCAUCCUCCCCCGCCUCUGCCUUCGUCCCGUUCCCUGGUGUUAAAUCCGCCCGGGGGCUGCGGCUGCUGCUGCUUCCUCCGCGUAAAGCACCAGCCUUUUCUCGGCGGCUCCGAGUUUCCAUUUUGGAUGGAAACGUAGCCAGGGCUCUUCCCGGAGAGACCCCCGAAGCGUGAGAGAGAGAGAAAGAGAGAGAAACACACACACACGGACACCCCGAGGGAAGUUCGCGGAGAAGCCCGCCUCUGCCUCCCCUCCGGCUCGCCUCCCAAACAAACAAGCCAGCCGGAAAAGUCUCAGGAAGCUGCCAAGAAGGAGCGUGACAGAGACUCGCCCCGAGGAAAAGAAGGAGGCGGAGAAGAAGCAGCAGCCUUUGCCCUCCCAUCUUCCGUCCUGACCGCCUCCCCCUUUGCUUGAAUCCACCUUCCCUCCGCCGUCCUCUCUCCUUCCUUCGGAAGCGUCAAGGGGGCUGCCAUAGCCGGACCGAGAGGAUGGCUUCGACCGCAACCUGCACCAGGUUUACCGACGAGUAUCAGCUCUUUGAGGAGCUUGGGAAGGGAGCUUUCUCAGUGGUGAGAAGAUGCCUGAAAAUCACUACAGGACAAGAAUAUGCUGCCAAAAUUAUCAACACUAAAAAGCUGUCAGCAAGGGAUCACCAGAAAUUAGAGAGAGAAGCUAGAAUCUGUCGCCUUUUGAAGCACCCGAAUAUCGUGCGACUUCAUGAAAGCAUAUCAGAAGAAGGAUUUCAUUACUUAGUCUUUGAUUUAGUUACGGGAGGCGAAUUAUUUGAAGAUAUUGUUGCAAGAGAAUAUUACAGUGAAGCAGAUGCAAGUCAUUGUAUACAGCAGAUUCUAGAAAGUGUUAAUCAUUGUCACCUAAAUGGCAUAGUGCACAGAGACCUCAAGCCUGAGAACUUGCUUCUAGCGAGCAAGUCAAAAGGAGCAGCUGUAAAACUGGCAGAUUUUGGAUUAGCAAUUGAAGUGCAGGGUGAACAACAGGCCUGGUUUGGCUUUGCUGGUACACCAGGAUACCUUUCCCCUGAGGUGCUACGAAAAGAUCCCUAUGGGAAGCCGGUAGAUAUGUGGGCUUGUGGUGUUAUACUCUAUAUCCUCUUGGUGGGAUACCCUCCCUUUUGGGAUGAAGAUCAACACAGACUCUAUCAACAGAUCAAAGCUGGUGCCUAUGAUUUUCCUUCCCCAGAAUGGGAUACGGUGACCCCAGAAGCGAAAGAUCUUAUCAACAAAAUGCUUACAAUCAAUCCUGCCAAACGCAUCAAUGCAACGGAGGCCCUCAAACACCCAUGGAUCUGUCAACGCUCUACUGUUGCUUCUAUGAUGCACAGACAGGAGACCGUAGAUUGUUUGAAGAAGUUCAAUGCAAGAAGGAAACUCAAGGGAGCCAUUUUAACAACAAUGUUGGCUACAAGAAAUUUCUCAGCAGCCAAGAGUUUAUUGAAGAAACCUGAUGGAGUAAAGGAAUCAACAGAGAGUACCAACACAACCAUUGAAGAUGAAGAUGUAAAAGCUCGUAAACAAGAGAUCAUCAAGGUUACUGAGCAGCUGAUAGAAGCUAUCAAUAAUGGGGAUUUUGAAGCCUACACGAAAAUCUGCGAUCCUGGUCUUACCUCAUUUGAGCCUGAAGCUUUGGGAAAUCUUGUAGAAGGGAUGGAUUUCCACCGGUUUUACUUUGAAAACGCCUUGUCGAAAAGCAACAAGCCAGUCCACACCAUUAUCCUGAAUCCCCACGUCCACCUGGUAGGGGAUGAUGCCGCCUGCAUUGCAUAUAUCCGACUGACACAAUAUAUGGAUGGAAGUGGAAUGCCCAAAACGAUGCAGUCAGAAGAGACAAGGGUUUGGCACCGCCGUGAUGGAAAAUGGCAAAAUGUUCACUUUCACCGUUCAGGAUCACCAACAGUACCUAUCAACUAAAUGUCAGCGCUGCCCACGUUGUGUCCACGCACUCCGCACUUGGUUGGCUCCCCCCGGGCCAUCCUUUGGCUCUCUUCAUGCAUGUUCUCCGAGUGCAUGAAGCUGUGAAGUUUCUUCAAGUGAUAUGUUUAUGAUCGCAUCAUUUUGUUGUAUAUUCCAUUGAUAGCUUUUGUUUACCCUUCAUUGAAGGAAGUGUUUCAUGGCAGAUGGAAAAAGAGGUACAAGGGUGAAGGGAAAAGGGAAAAAUUGAAAUACGAGAGUAUAUUCAGAUUAUACAUCUCCAGCAAAAAUACAAAUAUCAUCUCUGCAUGUGCACCCUAUAAAAACAAAGGUUAAAAAUAAUUAACUUUGCUUUAUUUUUUAUUCUUUUCUGAGUCAUUUGUUUUUAAAGGUUGUUGCCUAAUCCUUGUGUUAAAGGAGGAUUAAUUGAAUUCCUACUAACAGCAUCUUUAAUGUAGGAUGUAUGGUAAACAUAGUGACUUAGAUCAAAGCAUUUCUAUAGGUUGGAGGUCUUGGGAAGUUGCCUUUGCUGUGAUUCACUAUGUAUAACUGGAAAAAAAAGGGACAAAACUUGCAGAUUUGACUUCAACAAGAAUAAUUGUCACUGCAGUCAUUUGUUCAGCAAAUGUAACAGCAAAUAGGUUUUUUUCUUUCUUUUCUAAUUGCUUAUUUAGCAUCAUUUUCAGGAAAAAAAAUAGCAUUUCUAGCUUUCAGAAGCCAGUGAACAGAUUCAAUAUAGCUUCUGAUAAUAUAGAUUAUGGGUACAAUAAAACUUUUUUUAAUCAUUUUUUGGAUGUACAGUACAUUUAUUAAAGCAAGAUGUAGAGGAUUUUUUUAACUGAUAUUCUAAUAAGAUAAUUUAGCAAUCUAGAACAAUUAGAUCUUAAGAGCUUAGUAGGAGGAGAAGUCUAAAUUUUCUUUGUAUCAAUUUAUUACUGGGAAACACCUGUUUUCUAAUAAUGUUGUCAAAUUUAACAGUAAUUUAUCCAUUUUCCAUGGCUUGUUAGCCUUGAAAGUAUAAAAUAAAUCAAUAAUUGUAGAUUUAUUAAUUUCCUCAUUUUCCUAUAUGUCAAAUGUCCCUCGAAUGUUAAUUAUUGCAUAUAUACCUGCAAUACAAGUAGUUAAAACACAUUAUUUGGAUAAUGUUUGUUUGCUUUUCUUGUAUAAAUAUAACAUUAUAUUUCCA